AUGUCUUCCAACUUUUUUCUCCUUCUCUAUGUGACUACCGUCUUCUUACUUCUCCUCAAUUUGACCUCCAAAUUUUUUCUGCUACUCUAUGGGACUUCCAUUAAUUUUCUACUUCUCUAUUUGACAUCCAUCUUCUUUCUCCUUUCCUAUGUGACCUCCAUCAUCUUUCUCCUACUGUACCUCCAUCUACUUUUUCCAUCUUUAUGUGACAUCCAUCUUCUUUCGACCUCUCUACGGGACUUCCAUCUUCUAUAUCUUCUCUAUGUGAUUUCCGUCUUCUUUCUCCCUCUCUAUGUGAUCUCCAUCUUCUUUCUCUUUCUCUUCACCUCCAUCUUCUUUCUCUUUCUUUAUGUGACCAACAUCUUCUUUCUCCUUCUCUAUGUGACCUCCAUCUUCUUUCUCCUUCUCUAUAUCAUUUCCAUAUUUUUUCUCUUUCUGUAUGUGACCUCCAUAUUCUUCCUGCUUCUUUAUGUUAUUUCCUUUUUCUUUCUCCUUCUCUGUGACCUCCAUCUUCUUUCUACUUCACUAAAUGACCUCAAUAUUCUUUCUCAUUCUUUAUGUGACCUCCAACUUAUUUCUCAUUCUCUAUGUGACGUCCUUCUUCGUUCUGUUUCUCUAUGUGACCUUAAUAUUCUUUCUCCUUCAUUAUGUGACCUCCAUCUUCUUUCUUCUUCUCUAUGUGGCCUCCAUAUUCGUUCUCCUUCUCUAUGUGACAUCCAUCUUUUUUCUCCUUCUCUGUAUGACCUCCAACCUCUUUCUCCUGUUCUUUGUGACAUCCAUCAUCUUUCUGUUCUUUUGUGCCCUCCAUCUUCUUUCUCCUUACCUAUUGACCUCCAUCUGCUUUGUUCAUCACUAUGUGACCUCCAUCUUCUUUUUCCUUCUCUUCAUGACUUCCAUCUUCUUUUUGUUCUGUAUGUGAGUUCCAUCUACUUUGUCUUUCUUUAUAUGACUUCCAUCUUCUUUCUCCUUCUCCAUGUGACUUCCGUCUUCUUUCUCCUCCUUUAUGUGACUUCCAUCAACUUUCUCCUUCUCUAUACCUCCAUCUUUUUUCUCUUUCUUUAUAUGACCAACAUCUUCUUUCUCCUUCUCUAUAUGAUUUCCAUCUUCUUUCUCUUUCUUUAUGUGACCUCCAAUUUCUUCCUGCUUCUUUAUGUUAUUUCCUUUUUCUUUCUCCUUCUCUAUGUGACCUCCAUCUUCUUUCUACUUCACUAA